GACAAAUCAAAAAAUGGAUCUGAGCACAGUCACAGCCACAGUCGACGAUAUCGAAUUGCUAAAUAUUCUUGGCUUAACAUCUAUUCCAAGCUCACCUAAUUUGUGUAACGACUCAUUGGCUGUCCUUGAUUGGGACGACAUGCCCGAACUAUCCGAAGAAGAUGAUGAUGACAGCUCUAUUGUAACCAAGCGUAAACAUGAAGACGAAGAAGAAGAUAUCUUUGCCGAACUGGACUUUGUUGAAGUACCCUUUGUCAAGGAAGAACAAGAACCCGAUCAUAAAAAAAGAAAAUUUGUCAGUGAUGACACAAAUGAAGAAGCUUUAUUCAACAUGAACCUUCAAUUAGAAGACGAUAUUCGAUUGGCUCUUGACUUAAUUUCUUCCUAACCUCAUUUCAUGUAUAUACUCUUUUUUUUUUUGCUUCUUUCAUGUAUAAAAUAAGAAGAAAAAAGAAAGAAGAAAAAAAGGGAGACAAAAAUGUACAUAUUUCAUCCUACAUACUACAACAACAUCGUAUUCUUUUUUUUUUGG